AUGAACUCGGACACCUUCCCGCCUUAUGAACCGUUGUCUUGUGUCUUCCUUCUUCAACCAAACAACCAAACACCCAAACCAAAACACACAUACAUUCCACCCAAUCCACCUAUAACUUCACCACCACACUUAUUAUCCAUCAACCAACAAAAUGUCUUACGCCAACUCCCCUCCACAUCACUAGAUCUCGAACGCGACCAAGUCCCAUCAUCCGAUGAUCUUCCUCCCUACACCACCUCCCCAACCUCAACCGAAAUACCCUUGUCGGAACUCAACCACGAUCACCCAUCGCUCCUCGCUCACGCCCGGACUCAUCAUCUUACUGCGGCAGAUAUCCAUUUCUUGGCCGCUCGACCAGAGUAUAGGACUCCGGCUCCGACACCGACACCGGAGCAGCAACGGGCGAAAAGAAAAGCAGAGGGGAUUGUUGCGUUGUUUUUGUUGCUUUGUGUGUUUAGCGCACUUGGCGGAGUGAUAUUUAUAGCUGUUAGGGGGGUGAUGACGGGGAAAUGGUGA